GCUAAAAUUCAGUGUCCCCUAAUACUAACGAUAAUAAUAAUAAACUAUUACUUUCCAUAUAGUAAACACUACAAAAGUGGGGUCGCGCGGUGCAUGGCCAUGGGGAAGGUCCCAGGCUCCGGGACCCCUCAGAACCCGACUCUACCAGCAGAGGUGCGGCGCGGACGCGGCGCGGCGCCCCCUGCAGGCUACGGGCGGGGGGGCGCAGAGAAACCACCGGUCGCGCAGGGGCAGUGACAGGGCGCGGGGCGCGCGCGGCUGGACGCAGGCUCCGCGAUGGUGCUGUCCGCCGCGGACCGGGCGGCAGUGCGCGCACUGUGGAGGAAGCUGGGGAGUAAUGUCGGGAUCUACGCGACCGAGGCCCUGGAGAGGACCUUCAUGGCCUUCCCCACCACCAAGACCUACUUCGCCCACUUCGAUCUGAGCCCCGGCUCCGCCCAGGUCAAGGCCCACGGCAAGAAGGUGGCCGACGCGCUGACCACCGCUGUGGCCCACAUGGAUGACCUGCCAGGCGCCCUGUCGGCUCUGAGCGACCUGCACGCGCACCAGCUGCGUGUGGACCCCGUCAACUUCAAGUUCCUGGGCCAUUGCCUGCUGGUGACCCUCGCCCGGCACUACCCCGGAGACUUCGGCCCCGCCAUGCACGCCUCGCUGGACAAGUUUCUGAGCCACGUGAUCUCGGCGCUGGCCUCCAGCUAUGGCUAGACUCGAAGGGGGGCGUCGCAGGACCCCCCAGCUGCCCCUCCCGCGAGUUCCAGAGUUCGAGUAAAGUCCCCGGAAGAA